AAUUGAAUAACGUCAUAUCUUUAUCAAAGAUAUUUAUUUACAUGAUGCUAGUGAAAAGACUUAAACAUUAGUCUGUGGUUGAGUUGUAAGGAACCUCCUAAAAUUGAAAAUGUUUAAAUCUAAUUGCAUUUUAUUUACUUUGUUUGUGUUAUCUAGUAGUGGUGCAGACAUUCCUAGUGAAGUGUUCAUUAAGGAAGCAUGUGAAGGCUCAGAACUCACUUUGAAAUGUGAUAGAGGCUUGAUAGAAAUUAUUAGUGCAAAUUAUGGCCGAACUGUGCAAACCACAUGUGUUAGGGGUCCAAUACGAGACAAUAAUUGUCGCUCCCAAAAUUCUCUAAGUAUUGUAUCAAACAGUUGUUCAGGUCAGACUAUUUGUAAGAUAAAAUCAUCCAAUGAGGUAUUUGGAGACCCAUGUUUGAACACGUACAAAUAUUUAACAGUAACUUAUACGUGUAGAGAUAAGUGUCUUGAUAGUGGUCAUAACACAAUUUUUACAAAGACAUCAUGUGAAGGAGAAGUACUGUACAUAGAUUGCUCACAUAAAAUAAUUGAUGUCGUCGAUGCUCAAUAUGGUCGAACUAAUAGUGAACAGUGUGCUUAUGGUCCUAUAAAGACUACUUCUUGUUCGGCUACGAAUACUAAAUCCGUUGUCAAGAACGUUUGCACUGGACGAAAGAACUGUGCAGUUGGUUCAUCUAAUGGAAAUUUUGGAGAUCCUUGUCUUGGAACCUACAAAUAUUUAACUGUGUCAUAUAAAUGUCUGAACUUCAAAGAUUGUGAUAAUCUAAUACCACAAAGUAAUUAAUAUGAAGGUUUAAUUCAUACUACUUCAAAUGUAUUAAUAUUAUAAUAUGUAAUAUGUUUAUUUAUGUAGUGCAAUAUAAUAAAUAUUUUUUAAUUCUU